AUGACUUUCACUUUCCAAACCAGUCCAGUAGAGGAGGAAACUGUCACCGACAAAGUUGAAGAAACAACCGAGGUGCAGGAAGAAGUUGUUGAUCUUCAGGAUGUUUUAGAUGGUGGACAAGCUCCAGAAUUUACUUGGGGUUUGAUGUCUCUGAAGGUGAUGGACGGUGAAGAAGUGAAAUUCCGUUGUGAAGUUGUCGGUCAACCAAUGCCACAAGUUUCAUGGUUCCAUGAUGAGAAACCAAUCGCUGAGAAUCAAGAUUUUAAACUGACUUAUGAUAUGGAGUCUGGAAACUGCACUUUGUUGAUUGUUGAGGUCUUCCCACAAGAUGCUGGUGAAUACAAGUGUAUUGCUGUCAAUGAGUAUGGUCAGGCUGAGACAAAGGCUUAUCUGGAAAUUGAAUUGCAAGAGGAAGCUCCAAAUUUUGUAAUCCUCUUGAAAGACAUGACAGUCAAUGAGUCCUCUGUUCUGAAACUAGAAGUUGAAGUCACUGGUAUACCAGCUCCAGAAAUUACCUGGCAUUUUGAAGAUGAAGAGAUCAUUGCUGAGGAUGAUAUAGAGCUGAUCACUGAACAAUACAAGUCUACUCUGAUUAUCAAUAAAGUUCUCCCUGAAGAUGAGGGUGAAUACAGAGUGGAGGCUGUAAAUAAGGUUGGAAGCUGCUCCUGUGUUGCCUACAUCACAGUCAUCGGUAAGCAUGAUCAUUUAUAG